AUUGGAUAAUGUGAUUCAGUUUGAUAACGACUAAGAGAAGCAUCUUUGUAAUUUUUCACGGUAAACAGAUAUGUGCAUAUAUUAUUAUUACUAUAGAUUUAGAUCACCUCGUGUUGUACGCUGUUGUUGUUGUUGUUGUUGUAACAUAAACAUUGACAAAAACACUCCAUAAAGGGGGAAGUGGAGUAACUAAUUCAAUCUCAGCCGAAGCCACCGGAAUUUCGAAAAUUUCAACGGGCCGGACCUUGUUGUCUAUCGUUUUGGGGGGCCCAUCUGUGGACAUACAGAAACACAAGGGCAAGUAUCAUUCUAGUGAUCCCUCCUCUCUCUUUGACAGAUCAUCAGCAACCAUGGUCAAGUUCAUCAAGGCUGGUAAAGUUGUAGUUAUUUUGCAAGGUCGUUAUGCUGGCAAGAAAGCCGUCGUUGUUCGCAAUCACGAUGAAGGUACCAAGGAAAGACCCUAUGGUUAUGCUGUCGUUGCUGGUGUCGAACGCACUCCUCUCAAGGUCACCAAGAAGAUGGGUCAAAAGAAGGUUGCUAAGCGCUCCAAGGUUAAGCCUUUCAUCAAGAUUGUCAACUACAACCACAUGAUGCCCACUCGUUAUGGUUUGGAAUUGGAACAAAUCAAGGGUACCAUCGCUUCUGAAACCUUCAAGGAACCUUCUCAACGUGAAGACGCCAAGAAGCUCAUCAAAAAGUUGUUUGAAGAACGCUACCAAACUGGAAAGAACAAGUGGUUCUUUAGCAAGCUUAGAUUUUAA